AUCGUCUCCUAGUUGCGGAGGGAGGGGGGCAGGGAAGACGGGCACCGGGGACGGACUCCUCUGCUUCCAUUCUUCUCGCCUCAACUAGUCCCGCCGCGCCUCCGGAGUAGUCCCGCCAAAAAGGAAGGCACCCCCCUUCCAGCUCCGCUCCCCGAUUAGUCCCGCCGCGCCUCCGGAGUUCCCUCGCCGCCGCCAUGGCUCCGUCGCCGCCGGGUAAGGGGAAGGGAAAGAAGAAGGAUGAUAUCGACGAUCUGCCAGAGGAAGAUUUGGCGUUGAAGGAGCAGCUGGAGCUCUACGUCCUGCGCGCGCAGGACGCCGAUCCCGGUGUGCAGAAGCUCGCCCUCGAGAGCAUGAGACAGGAAAUCCGAUCUGCCACGAGCUCAAUGACUUCCGUUCCGAAGCCGCUCAAAUUUCUCCGCCCGCACUAUGGAGCCCUCAAGUCCUACUUUGAGACCAUGCCGGAGUCUGAGCUGAAGAAAUACAUGGCGGACAUUCUAUCGGUGUUAGCUUUGACAAUGUCCGUUGAGGGAGAAAGGGAGAGUCUGAAGUACCGGUUAUUAGGCUCUGAAGGUGAUAUCGGAUCAUGGGGUCACGAGUAUGUAAGCCCCAUGGGGCCUUCAGAUGAUCCCUUUGGUGUUGCUGCCAUGAUGAACUUUGAUGGAUACUCGGAGGUCUGCAGCCCUUCAGUUGCUGAUCAGAUAUUCUCGAUGCUGAAUGACCCCUCAGCUGCACAACAGAUGUUUGCUAUGUGGUCAUCCUUGGGAUCGUCUCCGUGUACUUCUGCUGUGAGAGAAGACAUGCCGUUUGACACCUAUUCUGAACCUGUGGACAUGACAGCAGCACCUGCUCAAAGGAUCAAUUCGGCAUCGGCGUUGGGUCCAACUGGAGUGAACAGAGAGCUAAAAGUUUCAGAUGAGCUUGUUCCAAAUAAUGGUUCACAGCAAGGGACUAACAUCAUUCCGAGGUCUGUGGGCAACGUUCUUGCAGACAAGAUGCUCAUGGCGCUGUCUUUGUUCAGGAAAUCAUUGAGUGAUGGUGUUCUCGCCCAAGUCUGGAUGCCUAUUGAGCACAAUGGUCGUAUCGUGCUGAGUACAUUUGAGCAGCCUUUUCUACUUGACCAGGAUCUUGCAGGUUACAGAGAAGUGUCUAGGAAUUUCCUGUUUUCAGUAAAGGAGGAGCCUGGCCUGCACCUAGGGCUUCCAGGGAGGGUCUUCAUAUCUGGGGUGCCAGAGUGGACCUCGAGUGUUCUCUAUUACAGUAAGCCGGAGUAUUUGAGAAUGGACCAUGCUCUUCGUCAUGAAAUACGUGGGUCGCUUGCUAUGCCAAUUUAUGACCCCAGCAAGGGAUCUUGUUGUGCGGUUCUUGAACUUGUCACAAACAAGGAGAAGCCUGAUUUUGAUGCAGAGAUGGACAGUGUUUGCAAUGCAUUGCAGGCUGUGAACUUGCAGACAGCAACAGAUCGCAGCAGUCAGAAGGUGCCACUCUUCACUUCUAACAUGCUCCAUGUUUACUCUGAAAAUCAGAAAUCUGCUUUCAUUGAGAUUUUGGAUGUUCUAAGAGCUAUUUGUCAUGCACACAUGCUUCCAUUGGCCCUUACAUGGGUUCCUACAUCAAACGGUAUUGAUAAUGGUUAUUGUGUCAGAAAUAAUAUUGGAGUUGAUUCACAAUCAGGAAAAACAGUACUUCGUAUCCAUGAAUCAGCUUGUUAUAUUAACGAUGCAAAGAUGCAGGGGUUUCUUCAUGCAUGUGCUGAACGUCAUCUUGAGAAAGGGCAGGGUAUUGCUGGUCGAGCACUUAAAUCCAAUCUGCCAUUCUUCUCUCCUGAUGUAAGAGAGUACAAUAUCGAAGACUACCCGCUUGCACACCAUGCUCGUAAGUUUGGCCUGCAUGCUGCUGUAGCCAUCCGGCUGAGGAGCACGUAUACUGGUAACGAUGACUACAUUCUAGAAUUUUUUCUCCCAGUCAACUGCAAGGGCUGUGGAGAGCAGCAGAUGUUAUUAAACAACCUUUCCAGCACAAUGCAAAGAAUAUGCAAAAGCUUGCGAACAGUUUCUGAAGCUGAGGCUGAUAGUGUUAGUGCUUCUGCUGCAUCAAUGAAUAAGAAGAGUAAUGGAAGUUUGCCAACUGGUAACUCUGAAAGUUCCUCACAUGAUGACCAGCCAAUUACAGAAUCUGCAUUCCAGGAUCUAUCUUUGGCUGACAAGCAAGAACAAGAUAUAGAAUCUGACCAGGCACAGGCUAGCUCGAUGCGAGUUGCAGAGAAAAAACGCAGUACAUCCGAGAAGAAUUUUAGUUUGGAUGUUCUUCGCAAAUACUUUUCUGGGAGCCUGAGGGAAGCUUCAAUGAGCCUCGGUGUUUGUCCUACGACUUUGAAACGGAUUUGCAGACAACAUGGAAUUUCGCGAUGGCCAUCUCGAAAGAUAAACAAGGUCAAUCGUUCCUUGAAGAAGAUCCAGACAGUCAUUAACUCAGUUCAUGGUGUGGAUAGAUCCUUGCAGUAUGAUCCUGCUACUGGGUCCCUUGUUCCAGCAGCCUCUCUUCCAGAUAAGAUGCCAUUCUCUGCUUGUGAUUCAUUGCCUACUUCAUCUGUUGGAAAAACAAUGGAGGAAAAAUCUAGCCCGAAAUCAGAACAAGGUUUCUCUUCACCUGAUGGAUGGCAAAGAGGAGACUGCCAAUUUCACGUUUCCAACAUAUCCAAAAGGGAAGGGGAAGGUGAUGAAGUUCGAAUGUUAGCAAACAACAACAAUGGCAGUAGAAACUAUGCUCCUGAUGUUGCAAAGUUCACACCACAUUCAAACUCUGAAGAUGCACAAGGACCAUUAUAUCCCAUUGUUGUUAAUUCUUUACGUAUCGGAGAAACAGGUUACACUAAUUCUCCAACUUCUCUCCACCCAAGCAUCGAUGACCAAACAAUGGGAAGGAACUCAUCAUUUGUACAGCAAGCAGAUGUGACUAUGGUUGACGGUCAUGACACCAAGGAGCACACCCAUCCUUCCACCUCCGGUAUGACUGAUUCCUCCAGCGGCAGUGCAUCAAGUCAGCCUACUUUCAAGGGGAAUCCGGGAUAUGUCAUCAAAGACAGAAGCAGCCCGGCGUUGACAGUCAAGGCUACCUACAAUGGUGACACUGUGCGGUUCAAGUUCCUACCAGCAAUGGGCUGGUAUCACUUACUGGAAGAGAUAGCAAAGAGGUUCAGACUGACGACAGGGGCAUUCCAGCUCAAGUACAAGGAUGACGAGGAUGAGUGGGUGAUCCUGGCAAGUGACUCCGAUCUCCAGGAGUGCGUGGACAUCCUGGACUCAAUCGGCUCGCGUAACGUGAAGCUUCAGGUGCGCGACCUCCCGUGCCUCAUCAGCAGCUCGGGCAGCAGCAGCUGUUUGCAGGUGACAGGACGGGAAACCUCAUAUCCAUCUGGGGUAUAUUUCUGUUUACCCUGUUGCCACAUGCCACUUUCCAAAUGUAGUCUAGAUGAGAGUGUAGAGGCUACUGCAGAGGUCUCUAAAACAUUUGAUGAGAAAAUAGGGAAGUACUGUGAUGUAACGCGUAUGUCAUUGGUAUAUGCCGGGACAGGGAAUGUGCUUAAGGUUUAGAAACUUCUUGGCAUUUGCUCACAGCAUCUUGAGAAAGGCGAAACACACCAAGGGCCAGCUGUCCUUGGAAUUGCUCUUAUUGCUAUGGCUGAAGAAUUAGGAGCUGAAAUGGCUGUUCGUUCACUUGAGCAUCUCUUGCAAUACGGUGAGCAGAAUAUUAGAUGGGCAGUUCCUCUUGCCCUUGGUAUACUCUGCAUAUCUAAUCCCAAGGUUAAUGUGAUGGACACAUUGAGCAGAUUGAGUCAUGACGCAGAUGCUGAUGUGUCAAUGGCUGCAAUCAUCUCAUUGGGUUUGAUUGGUGCUGGGACAAACAAUGCCAGAAUAGCUGGCAUGCUUUGCAACCUUUCGAGUUCUUACUACAAAGAAGCUGCUCAUCUGUUUUGUGUAAUAAUUGCUCAGGGCCUCGUUCACCUUGGAAAGGGCUUGUUGACCCUUUCUCCAUACCAUUCUGAUCGGUUUCUUCUUUCCCCGAUGGCACUGGGAGGACUUGUAACUGUUCUGCAUGCCUGCCUUGAUAUGAAGUCCACCAUCCUAGGGAAAUAUCACUACAUCCUUUACAUUAUUGUCCUGGCAAUGCUGCCUCGAAUGCUGUUGACUGUGGAUGAGGAUCUGAAGCCCCUGCCUGUUCCAGUCCAGGUUGGGCAAGCUGUUGAUGUUGUUGGUCAGGCAGGAAGGCCCAAAACAAUUACGGGCUUCCAGACACAUUCCACACCUGUCUUGCUUGCAGCUGGGGAGCGUGCUGAACUAGCUACUGAAAAAUACAUUCCACUGACACCAGUACUGAAGGGCUUUGUAAUUCUCAAGAAAAACCCAGAUCGAUAUGAUGCUGAUUUCUGGCUCGCCUGCACUGCAACCUCAUAAGCCCCGGUGGCGGUCCUAUGUGGACCCUUGUUAUGCCCUUCCAUCUCUUGCCCGGCACUUCCUGGUGGUUCAUCAAAUAGAGUUGUAGCUUUUCACACCAGAGUUGUAGCCGACAUAAUCGCAUGCUCGUGGUUGUGUGAUGACAUACCACUUGGGUAUGCACACCGGGACGCGUAGGUGUUAGUGCUGCUGUCUACUUUUACCGCCAGCUUAUUUGUAUAUCUAUGUACCGGAAAUUAGGAAUUACUGAGCGCAUGUUUAAAAGUGCACUGGCUUGUCUCGCUGUCAUUUUUACGGUAUGUCUAUGACACUACAAUGUUAUUUUUCUAGAAUCUCCUUGUUCGAACAAAUGUUUUGGACUGAAUGUAACUUUUUGUAGGAGUGAAAUAUUCUGCAUUGGUGAUGUAUUAGAAGAUCCAAUGUAAAUUCAGGAAAUAUUUACUUGUGAGUGUCA